GAGAGAGAGAGAGAGAGGGGUUUUUUGGUUUUUGUUUAGGGCAGCUCUAUUUUCUGAGAGGGUAAAACCCUAAAAGAAAGCUAAUCUUGCAGGUCACCACCUGAUCUUUAUUUGCUGUUCUCUGUUUUUCAGUAAAAUCUAAGAAAAGACUCACCACCUGGUCUUUAUUUGCUAUGCUCUGUUUUUCUCUCUGGUCCUCUGUUUUUUCAGUUUUAUCUUCUUCACCACUCCCUCAGGUAGAAUAAUCUCGAGAUGGGUGUCCAAGAUACUGCUUUCUAUCUGAUUCUUCUUGUUCUCAUCUGUUUCUCCGGUCCUUCCGCCUCUCCUGCUUCACUGUUGGCGGCGUCAGGGUUAAGUGGUUAACCCUGAUUGGAAGAGAGAGUGAGAAAGGUGGAGAUAUGUUGUCGGAUAUGAAGAGCAUGGGUGAAAGAGGGGAAAAACUAUGGGAGAGAGAGGAGGCCAGAAACCAAAGGGGAUGGACAGGUCAGAGAUGGGGUACAGAGAAAAAAACAAAGCUACUGGUCCUCCCCUCCAUAACCAGUGCGAUUGGUCUUAAUGGUAGACGGCGGUGGGAGGUGGAAGGUGGAAGGUGGUAUAGGUAAUAGAUCCUCACCGCUCCUUCGGCAGACCUGUUCAGUCGGCGAUGCUUCGGUGCACCAAGCCAAGCCUUCUAGCAGGUGCCAGGUAGUGUUCAUAAAGCAAUUCAACUUUUGAUAAUGACUUAAAUUACUCACGUUCCGUUAACCACUCGCCCCCGAAAGAAAAAAAAAAAUCACUUUCAAAUUAUUAAAGAAAAAAAUGUUUUACCUUCAGUUAACAAACUCUGUGGUAUUAAAAUAGGGACAAAGAGAAAGAAGUUACAUAUUCUAAAUUCGCUUACUGAACUGUCAUUUAGACAGUCCCCUUAAAAGCAUAAUGAGAAAAAAAAAUAAAUCUAGAUACGCCAUUCAAUACAAAUACCUAAAAUGAAAUAUAUUUUGUAAGUAUUAUCUUUCGGUAUACAAUAUUGAUGCAAUGGUAUAACCAUUUGGUAGACUAUUCCGUUCCAUAUCACCUUUUUCUGUGGGAAGAAAAAGAGAAAAAUUUAUUAGAGGACAAAGUUUUAUUUCAUAGACCACCCAUAUUCUAGGAUUCACAAACCCCUAUAGAAUUUUAAUUCCUUUCCCGAAUAACCCAAUGAUACCCCAUUGUAUGCAGUUAAAUUAUUGACGGUUCAUGACCUUAGGAAUAUAACCAUGGUUAUAGUGCAUGGUAACAAAAUGGAUAUCAACCAUAAAACAGAGCAUAAGCACCCUCUUGCUACUCAUAUGCAAGGCGUCGUCUUAGCCUUCCUUGACCAAGAUCAUUCUUAGUCGUGUUCAUGAUCGGCCUCCUCAACUAAUAAUUUCCUCCACUAUUGAGACCAGAGACAUGUAAAACAGAUUUUAUGACUCAAGAACUAUUUUUCUCCUUAAAAUGUAAGAAUUCACCUCUUUUUAUUUUUAUUUAUUUAUUUAUAUUUUAAUACUAUUUCUCCUUACCUAUUUAAAAUUUAGGUAUGAAAACAACCUACGAGUGCAAGUAUGACGAUGCUCUUUCGUAGCAUUCUUUCUUCAAGAUUCUUUUUUCUUUUCUUAUCUUGACUACCAAACAUGGCCUACGAUUUUUAAUAGCUGCCCUGAGUCCCUGACCCAUCAUUUCGUGUUCUCUCCAUUGCAAGUCGAAUAGGUCACCACGGCCAAAUGCCACUAAAUGUAAGAGGCUUCCUAACCUGACACGAAAAAAAUUCUCUGCCACACGACUGGGGCGGUACGGAAGGAUUCGAUGAAUAUUGUCUUGCUCAUUAGAUGCUCGCCGCACCCACAGCGGAGGAUCGACACGAAAAAAAUUCUUUAACAAUAGGUCGUGCUUGGGGAGUUCGGAUAUUACCCUUGUGCUUUAGAUAUUUUAUUCUCAACCUUGUGCUGUGAAUAUUUUUGUUUUGUUUUGUUUUGUUUUUAGUGAUUCAUAUUUACCACUUCUUGCAUGUCCCCAGUCCCCACCACCCAUUUCCCCUCUGGUUCCCAGGAUCUCUUGUAGUCCUGUAGUCCUGUAGUCCAGUAGUCCAGUAGGCCUUGAAGCAAUAUAGAAGUAUUCCCUGUUACUGAAAAAGGAAAAAGAGCGGCCGAGAACCCGAGAUAGUAAACGGAUCUUCUCGGACAAAUGAAGAACGAUGAGAAAAAAAAGGACGGAUCGUGAUUUUGGAACCAAUGGAUGGCAAAAUCCCAAACUUUCUUCCCCAAAUCAAAGCAGCGUUCUCUGUUCGUCCACCGAAGUUUUCCGUUGCCGAAGAGCGUACCGCGUCAAACUUUCAUUGACACACUCCUGCGCGAAUAUGGGUUUUAGAAAGGUUGAUCCAGACAAGUGGGAGUUUGCUAAUGAAGGAUUUCUGAGAGGUCAGAAGCAUAUGCUGAAGAACCUCAGGAGGAAGAAGACACCUUCUCAGCUUAUUAUUCCUCAGCAGCAAUGCGUGGAGGUGGGUAGUUAUGGAUUGGAUUCAGAAAUCAACCGGUUGACGCGUGACAAGCAGGCGCUCAUGGCGGAACUCUCGAAGCUGAGACAGCAACAGCAGAAUACCCGUGCCAACCUUCGAACAAUGGAGCGAAGACUUCAAGGAACAGAGCUGAAGCAGCAGCUGAUGAUGACUUUCUUGGCAAGAGCAAUGCAGAAUCCAGGUUUUAUCCAGCAAUUAGCCCAACAUAGGGAGAGGAGAAAAGAACUCGAAGAAGCGAUCACGAAGAAACGGAGGAGGCCCAUCGAUCAAGGACCCGGCAAUGUCGUUGAAGUUGGUGAGUCUAACCAAAGUGGAGGCUGGGAAGGACGUAACCCAAUCAAAAUCAAAUCAGAAGACUUCAGAGAUCCUCACGGAUUCGAAGUGUCCGAGUUGGAGAUGCUAGCAAUGGAGAUGCAGGGAUUGGGUAAAUCCAAGAAGGAGGAAGAAGAAGACAAAGAUGAAGAAGAUGAAACAGAGCAUGAGAGUGAGGAUGGUGAAGUACUGGAUGAGGGAUUCUGGGAAGAAUUGUUGGACGAGUACUUGGGUGGAGAGGAGGUUGUGAAUGUCUUGACUGAUAAGUUCGGUUGCUUGGGCUCUAGCCCAAAGAGAGAUAGAGGUGGUGCUGGUAGCUCCAUGUGAUUUGGGUCUCUAGGUCACCAAGAGUCCUGAAAUUUUCAUCUGGGUUCCUUCUCUAAUGGAUGAAAAAGGGGUACUUAUCAAUAGAUUUUGACAAUGAAGGAGCUGUAAUCAAAAGGGAACCCAACAUUGUAUGUAUUAAAAUGUAUAUAUUUCUAACUUAUUUUUAUGUCUCCUCUUAUCUAUCUUCAGUUGAACAGAUUGCAGACAACACUUUGAAGGAUA